CAAUUUCGAAUUCUUACUAAAUGUCAUCUCUCUCCGCAUCGGUUGCAGAGGCUAAUAAGCUUACUUCUAGUGGUUAUUCAUCGGUUCAAAAUCCUAUUCGCUUUGCGAGGCGAGGUGCAUUGCGAGAAAAGAAUGUUUCAUAUGUUAAGGGUCAUGAGUUUGUUGCACGAUUCUUAAAGCAGUUCACAUUUUGCGGGCAUUGUAAAGACUUCAUAUGGGGCCUCGGUAUACAAGGUGUUCAGUGCAAAGCUUGUCUGUUUACGGUUCAUAAAAGGUGUUAUCAAUUAGUUACUUUUCAGUGCCCUGGUGCAGAUACUGGACCAGAUACAGACUUUGAGAAGAAACACGAUUUCGUGCUGUACACGUAUACGAGCCCAACAUUUUGUGAUCACUGUGGUUCUCUUCUUUAUGGUUUGCUACAUCAAGGAUAUAAAUGUAAAAACUGCAAUCUAAAUGUUCAUAAGAGAUGUACAUCUAAGGCUCCACGACUUUGUGGAAUGGAUCAUACAGAAAGGAGAGGCCGGAUGAAGGUUUCAAUUACAGCUCAAACAGGAAGAUUAAAAGUUGAGAUUUUCGAAGCUAAAAAUCUUGUUCCAAUGGAUCCAAAUGGUCUAGCAGAUCCGUAUGUGAAAAUCAAACUGCUGCCCAGUGACGAGGGUGGUAAAUCCAAGCUGAAAACGAAAGUUUGUCGAUCUACCCUAAAUCCUGUAUGGAAUGAGACGUUUUACCUUGCUAUAUCAGAUGACGAUCAUUCGAAGCGUCUUUCAGUUGAAGUUUGGGACUGGGAUCGUACUUCUCGAAAUGAUUUUAUGGGUUCUUUUUCCUUUGGGGUUAGUGAAAUCAUUAAAGAAUCUGUGUCAUCAUGGUACAAACUAUUAAAUCAAGAGGAGGGCGAAUUUUAUUCAUUACCAUGCAUUGAUGAAGCUAACACGGCUGUUUUAGAAUUGCGUAAACGUAUGGAACGUAUGUCUACUGAACAUUUAAACUUGGCUAGUAGUCAAAAUAAGAUAUCAACCUCGUCAACAAUAUCACAGCAUAAACCAGAUAUUCCUCGACCAAGUGAUUUCAAUUUCCUUUAUGUUUUAGGGAAAGGUAGUUUUGGAAAGGUUAUACUUGCUGAACAGAAACAUAUGGAUGAACUAUUUGCUGUGAAAAUUCUGAAAAAAGAUGUAAUUUUACAAGAUGAUGAUGUAGAAUGUGCUAUGACAGAGCGUAGAGUUCUUGCUUUGCCGAAUAAAUCCCCUUUUUUAGUUCGAUUACAUUCAUGUUUCCAAUCUAUGGAUCGAUUAUAUCUUGUUAUGGAAUAUGUAAAUGGUGGAGAUCUUAUGCAUCGCAUUCAGCAAGAGGGAAAAUUCAAAGAACCUGUAGCUGUAUUCUAUUCAGCUGAAAUCGCAUUAGGCUUAUUUUACUUACAUAAUCAUGGAAUUAUAUACAGGGAUCUUAAAUUGGAUAAUAUUCUAUUAGACAGUGAAGGUCAUAUUAAAAUAGCUGAUUUCGGUAUGUGUAAAGAGGGAAUAAUUAACGAGAAAAAAACACGUACAUUUUGCGGUACACCUGACUAUAUUGCACCCGAGAUUAUUCGGUACGAACUAUAUGGGAAAUCUGUGGAUUGGUGGUCGUUUGGUGUAUUAGUUUAUGAAAUGCUUGCAGGUCUGCCUCCAUUCGAUGGUGAAGAUGAAGAAGAAUUAUUUCGAAAUAUUGCUUCACAAGACGUUGCUUAUCCCCGACAUAUGUCUAGAGAAGCUUGUAUGCUAUGCCGUGGUUUACUUAUGCGAAACCCUAAUGAACGGCUUGGGUCUGGACCGAAUGGGGAAAAAGAUAUUCGGCAGCAUCAAUUUUAUCGUCACAUUGAUUGGCAUAAACUGUCAAAUUUGGAAAUCCAACCACCAUUCAAACCUCGCAUUAAAAACAAACGAGAUGUGAAUAAUUUUGACUCAGAAUUCACUAAAGAACCACCUAAACUAACUCCAACAGAUAAAUUAUUCAUAAUGAAUUUGGAUCAAACUGAAUUUUCUGGAUUUUCUUAUGUAAACCCUGAGUAUAUACUAGAAGUAUGAUUAAAUGAAGUGUAAACAGAAAAAUAUUAUACACGUAUAUCUAUGCUUAUAAUUUGUCAGCGUUCCAAUAUUCAGAUCAAUUUAAUUUGUCAUUAUGUAAUCUAUUUUCAACUGAAUGAUGAAUGAAUUCACUUAACGUUCAUUCACAUACAAUAUUCAUACAACUCAUAAGAUUUCAAUAUCAUUAACAUUCAAAAUCAAGAAAAGAUUUAUCCUCAUGCUAUCCAUUUAUCUUAAUUAUGACCUCAUUUGUUUCUUCGUGUUUUUGAGAAUAGAUAUCUUGUUAUUUACUCGUUUUUUUUAUGAAGAUCAAUAUCCUGUUCGAUAUUCGUAUCAAACCAGUGAGAGCGAUAAAAGUUGAUUAUGUGUUUAUUUUCAUUUCAAAUGUAUGAUUUGUUCUUUCCAUGUUUAUAUUUUAAAAUGAUUAAAUACACUAUAAUGUUGGUCUUUCUUCAAUGACUGUUAUGUUUUCCUACUACAUUCGUUUAGAAUAACUUUUUAAACAUUUUCCAGCUUUUGCGUUUAGCAUUAUUCUUUGUUUUUCGUUGACAGAAAUCAACUCAUAAAUCUCUGACUUAUUAUUCUUAGUUUUUGAUGUGAGUCAAUUAUCGUCUUCAUCAUAAGUUGUUGAGUUUUUUCUCUCUGUAGUCGUUCAUCCUCUCUCUCUCUCUCUCUCUCUCUCUCUCUCUUGAAUAAACUGUUCAUUAUUUUGUUAACUAACUGAGAUAAGUACCAUCGCUACCUGUAUUUCUUUUGCGGAUGUAUUCCUGAUAUUGAUCAUUAAAUAAAAAUUCGUAAUUUUGUGAAUUUUUCAUGUAUAUCAAACUUUGACUCAGAUGCUUUUAAUAAAAACAUCCACUUGUUUUUCAUGUUUCCUAUACCUUUUUGAAUAUUUCGUAACACAGUCACGUUUAACAAUAUACGCUACAAGAUAUAUUCUUCUUUUGUUCUCAAUUUUACCAAAUAGAAAAUUGUAGUUCUAUUUGCAAUGCUGGUUAUAAUAUUACUUUCUUGAAACUGAAGAAAAACAGCAGAUUUCAUUGACACCAUUUUAUGGAAUAUUUUCCAAACCAUAUUGGCUGUAAACCUUCUAUAUUUUGUUUUUGUUUAGGUUCGUUUUAUUUCUUAUAACUAAUACCCUAUGGAACUCACACGAAUGAAAAACGUAUUCCAAUCAAAUGUUCUUUUUUUUCACUUUAAAUUUAAUGUUUCUUACCUUGAUGGACAGAAAUGGUCGGUUUAAAGGUGUUUUUCACUAUUUAUUCUUACGUGGUAUAUGUGUAUUAUGAAUGUCUAACGUAAGCGCCUAGUCUUGUUUUUGUUCCUGAUUUUUAAUACACCACUUAUGUUAUAUGCUUGUGUAAGUUGGAGAAUAUGUACCUAACCUUGUUCGGGAAUAUUCCUCUAACUAAAAUGUUGGCGUCAAACUUUAAUAGUAUCAUUUUGAUAAAACACCCAUAUACUGUUUGAAGUAUAAUUUUCCUCUAAUCCUUUCAUGGUUUAUUAUCAAACUAAAUAUUUGUGGGAUAUAAAUUUUGUUUGAUGGCUCGCGGUCGAUGUUUGUCUGUAUUUGUGUAACUCAUGUUUUGUAACCUAGCUCAUACCAAUCAUACAACUUAUAAUUAACG